CCUACAGGAAAGGCCCUACACUUCCUUGUAAAGCCCUACAAGCACAAUACACACAAAACAAUCAUGGCGGAAAAUGCAACCAUGGAGUCUAUAACGGAGCACGAACGGAUUUUACAGGAAAUUGAGAGUACCGACACGGCUUGCGUCGGCCCCACGCUUCGAUCAAUCUACAAUGACCAGCCAAAUGCACACAAGCGCUUUAUGGAGAAGCUGGAUGCCAGGAUAAGGAACCAUGACCGUGAGAUCGAGAAGAUGUGCAAUUUUCACCACCAAGGCUUUGUGGAUGCAAUUACAGAGCUGCUCAAAGUCCGCACAGAUGCAGAGAAACUUAUGAGCCAAGUGACGGACACUAAUCGAAGACUGCAAGAAGCUGGGAGAGAGGUAACAGCCCAGACAGAGGAGGUGAUUCGCUGUCGGAUACAACAGCGGAACAUGACCACCACUGUGGAGAAACUCCAGCUCUGUAUACCAGUUCUAGAAAUGUAUAGCAAACUAAAGGAACAGCUGGAAUCAAGAAGAUACUACGCUGCACUGAAAACCAUGGAGCAACUGGAGAAGGUCUACAUCCCCCGAGUUAGCCAGUACAGGUUCUGUCAGAUCAUGGCUGAAAACCUGCCCAUUCUGAGAGAGGAGAUAAAGGAGAUCUCAAUGUCUGACCUGAAGGACUUCUUGGAGAGCAUAAGAAAACAUUCAGACAAAGUUGGAGAGACUGCUAUGAGACAGGCACAACAACACAGGACCUUUAACAGUGCCGUAGUGAGGCAGGCCGGUGUAGGCCACUACACUAAGCCUUUGUACUCCCUCAACGGACAAACACACACGCACAACAGUCACACGAUGGAUGAUGAUGCAGAAUAUGACGACUAUGCCGAUGAUGAGAUUCUUACAGCUCAAGACCUUGUAGACUUCUCACCUGUUUACAGGUGUUUACACAUCUAUACUGUGCUGGGAGACCGAGAAACAUUUGAAAAUUAUUACAGGAAGCAGAGGAAAAAGCAGGCCAGGCUUGUUCUACAACCACAGGCGAAUAUGCAUGAAACAGUUGAGGGAUAUAGACGAUACUUCAAUCAGAUUGUUGGGUUCUUUGUUGUGGAGGACCAUAUCCUCCAUGCCACCCAGGGCCUGGUGACGAGAGCUUACACUGAUGAGCUAUGGAAUAUGGCUCUCUCAAAGAUCAUCGCUGUGCUACGCACGCACUCUUCAUACUGCGAGGAUCCAGACUUGGUCCUAGAGCUGAAGAACCUUAUUGUUAUCUUUGCUGACACACUACAGGGUUUUGGCUUCCCUGUGAAUCGGCUCUUUGACUUGCUGUUUGAGGUCAGAGACCAGUACAAUGAAACUCUGCUGAAGAAAUGGGCACUGGUAUUCAGGGAGAUCUUCGAAAUGGAUAACUACAGUCCCAUACCUGUCGAAACAGAAGAGGAGUAUAAACUGGUAGUCAGCCGUUUUCCCUUCCAUGAUGCUGAGGUAGAAAAGCAGGACUUUCCCAAGAAGCUGCCGAUGUCUCAGUCGGUCCCACAGAUAUAUAUGCAAGUGAAAGAGUUCAUUUAUGCCAGUCUCAAGUUCUCUGAGUCGCUACACCGCAGUUCAACAGAGAUUGAUGAUAUGUUGCGAAAGUCAACCAACCUGCUGCUGACAAGAACACUUAGCUGUUGUUUGCAAAACCUCAUUAAGAAGCCACACAUAGGACUUACUGAGCUGGUUCAAAUCAUCAUCAACACCACCCACCUGGAGCAAGCCUGCAGGUAUCUUGAGGAGUUUAUAACAAACAUUACCAAUGUGUCCCCUGAAACAGUACACACUACAAGACUUUACGGCUUGUCUACCUUCAAGGAUGCCCGACAUGCAGCAGAAGGAGAAAUUUACACCAAAUUGAACCAGAAAAUAGAUGAGUUUAUUCAGCUGGCAGAUUAUGAAUGGGGCAUGGCGGAGUCAGAUGGCCGGGCAUCUGGCUAUCUCAUGGACCUGAUAAAUUUCCUGCGAUCCACGUUUCAAGUCUUCACACACCUCCCGAAUAACAACAAUGAACAUCCAUCAAUGUCGGGUAAAGUGGCCCAGACAGCUUGUAUGUCAGCCUGUAAGCAUCUGUCCACAUCACUAAUGCAGAUGCUGCUGGACACCGAACUGAAACAGAUCAGCAUGGGGGCCAUCCAGCAAUUCAACUUAGAUGUCAUUCAAUGUGAAUUGUUUGCCAGCUCAGAGCCGGUCCCAGGUUUCCAAGGAGACACACUCCAAUUGGCUUUUAUCGACUUAAGACAGCUCCUGGACCUGUUCAUGGUAUGGGACUGGUCAACAUAUCUUGCGGACUAUGGCCAGCCGACCUCCAAGUACCUCAGAGUGAACCCAGCCACAGCGUUGGCUUUACUUGAGAAGAUGAAGGACACCAAUAAGAAGAACAACAUUUUCUCCCAGUUCAGGAAGAAUGACAGAGACAAACAGAAGCUGAUAGAGACUGUUGUCAAACAACUGAGGAGUCUGGUCAGUGGCAUGUCUUCCUAAAGUCCUGAGUGUCAGUGAAAGUGCCACUGACCGGACCAUACGGGCCAAUGAACCAGGCGAUGUCACACUUCCAGUUGAAUCCAGAGCUAUUUGGGUAGUGAUUGACUUGUACACUUCCAGAAUGGAUUUGAAAUCAAAUAUUUCAAAUAAUGUCAGGAUAGGAUUGUAGUGCAGACUUUCAAAUUUCACCAAAUAUGAUAUCUUACAUCUAAUUACUUCUGUUUAAUAUGUCCAUUUUGAAGGUAUAAAUAGUAUUUGGAAAAUUUAAAUAUUUGUAUAUACACCAUAAUUUUUAUAUUUGAAUGAAAUCAUUUGGAUUAUUUGCUAUCAGUCAUUAGAAUGAUAAAAUCCCCAAAUACUUCUGUAUCUUACUGUACAUUAUUUGGACCCAGAGGAUGAGGGUAUACGUGUACAUACGACGCACCAAGAACAGCAAUACACAUUACAAGGUGUGCAGGGAACAUACUUCUAAUACAACAUACAGUACACAACACCAGUUGGUGUUAUACUAAAAAUAUGACAGUUUUAUUGUAACAGUCACAUAUUGCAAACCAUUUUAAUGGCUAUGAUGAUAAGACAAAUGAGUUUUUUUGUACAUUUG